AUGGCUGAGGAAAAAGGUUUGGAAGGUAAAGUAAACACUGAGCAGGCCACAACAUCAAUGAGCGAGCCACAAGUCGAGGAGUUAGAGGAAGCUGUGGAGAAAAGCAAGAAGAAAGAGGAAAGCACUAAUACAUUGCCAUUUUACAAGCUUUUCUCCUUUGCUGACUCCAUUGACUACCUAUUAAUGUUUGUGGGCGUAAUUGCUGCUGCUGGAAAUGGAGUCUGUAUGCCCCUCGUGACCGUAGCAUUUGGAGAUGCAGUAAAUGCAUUUGGAGAUAAUAGUGUUAACACCAAAGAAGUGGUUCAUGAAGUUUCCAAGGUGUCUCUGAAGUAUGUAUACUUGGCUUUAGGGUCAACUGUCGCUGGAUUUCUUCAGGUGGCUUGCUGGAUGGUUACCGGAGAGAGACAAGCUGCAAAAAUUAGAAGUUUAUACUUAAAGACAAUUUUGAAGCAAGAAAUUGGGUUCUUUGAUAAGGAAAUUGAUACAGGAGAAAUUGUUGGGAGAAUGUCAGGUGACACAGUUCUUAUUCAGGAUGCCAUGGGUGAGAAGGUUGGAAAAUUCCUGCAGCUAAUUCUAACGUUUAUUUCAGGUUUUGUUAUAGCAUUUGUCAAGGGAUGGAAACUCACCAUCGUCAUGUUAUCUUCUAUUCCUCUUCUUGUCCUCUCUGGUGCACUCAUGGCUAUUUAUAUAUCAAAGCUUGCAUCCCGUGGACAAACUGCUUAUUCACUUGCAGCAACUGUGGCAGAGCAGACAAUUGGUUCAAUCAGAACUGUUGCAUCAUUUACUGGGGAGAAACAGGCUAUAGCUAAAUAUCACAAAUCUUUGACCAAAGCUUACAAGUCUGGUGUUCAAGAGAGCUUGGCUGCAGGGUUGGGUUUUGGAGUGGUCACAUUUAUUGUAUUCUCCAAUUAUGCUUUGGCUAUAUGGUUUGGUGCAAAACUAGUGAUAAAUGAAGGAUAUAAAGGAGGAGACAUUGUUAGUAUUGUUUUUGUGGUGUUGACUGGAUCUUUGUCUCUAGGACAGGCAUCUCCAUGCUUGACUGCAUUUUCUGCUGGUCAAGCUGCAGCAUAUAAAAUGUUUGAUGUAAUUGGUAGGAACCCACAAAUAGAUGCUUGUGACACCUAUGGGCGCACAUUAGAUGAUAUUCAUGGAGAUAUAGAAUUAAAAGAUAUUUAUUUCAGCUAUCCUGCUAGACCAGAAGAGCAAAUAUUCGGUGGAUUUUCCAUCUCAAUACCUAGUGGCUCUACCACAGCUUUGGUUGGAGAGACCGGAAGUGGGAAAUCUACAGUUAUAAGUUUGAUUGAGAGAUUUUAUGAUCCACAAGCUGGAGAAGUUCUAAUUGAUGGUAUUAACAUUAAAGAGUUUCAGCUAAAGUGGAUUAGACAAAAAAUAGGCCUUGUCAGCCAGGAACCUGUGUUGUUCAGUUGUAGCAUUAAAGAGAAUAUUGCCUAUGGGAAGGAGAAUGCGACUACUGAAGAAAUCAUGGCUGCUGCAGAGUUUGCCAAUGCUGCUAAGUUCAUAGAUAAACUGCCUCAGGGAUUAGACACGACGGUUGGCGAGCAUGGUUCUCAGCUAUCUGGGGGCCAAAAGCAGAGAGUUGCCAUAGCCAGAGCCAUUAUUAAAAACCCAAGAAUUCUGCUUUUAGACGAAGCUACUAGUGCUCUUGAUACAGAAUCAGAAAGGAUCGUGCAAGAGGCAUUGGAUAGGGUCAUGAUCAAUAGGACAACCGUUAUUGUAGCCCAUCGAUUGAGUACUGUAAGGAAUGCUGAUAUGGUCGCUGUUAUUCACCGGGGGACAAUUGUUGAAAGAGGUUCGCAUUUGGAGCUAACCAAGGAUACUGAUGGAGCAUAUUCUCAGCUUAUAAGAAUGCAGGAAAUGAAUGCAGUGCCAGAAUACAGUGUUCUAAAUGACACAGAGAAGCCUGAAAUCAUUGUGGAUUCUGAAAGACAUUCUAGUCAACGGUUUUCUUUCUUGCGAACCUUAAGCCAGGGGUCAUCUGGAAUUGGAAAUAGUAGUCGUCAUUCAUUCUCAGUUCCAUUUGGUGUGCCAACUGGAAUCAAUGUCCCAGAAACAGCAUCAACUGAACCAUCUACUCUUGGCUCUGCAUCAUCAGCACCACCUCCAAAAGUGCCACUGCAUCGCUUAGCCUAUCUUAAUAAGCCAGAGAUCCCAGUGUUGCUGCUAGGUUUGUUGGCUGCAGCAGCCAAUGGUGUAAUAUUACCUUUCUUUGGAGUAUUAGUCUCCAGUAUGAUCAAAACUUUCUUUAAGCCGGCAGAACAACUCCGAAAGGAUGCAAGAUUUUGGGCAUUCAUGUUUCUUGGUCUGGCCUCAUUGUCUUUGUUGGUUAAUCCGCUGAGGUCAUAUUUUUUUGCAGUGGGGGGUUGUAAAUUGAUUAAAAGGAUCAGAUCAAUGUGCUUUGAAAAAGUGGUUUACAUGGAAGUAGGCUGGUUUGAUGAACCUGAGCACUCAAGUGGUGCAAUUGGAGCAAAGCUUUCAGCAGAUGCAGCCUCAGUGAGAAGUCUGGUUGGAGAUGCACUUGGUCUGCUAGUUCAAAAUAUUGCAACAGCAGUUGCUGCUUUAGUUAUUGCUUUUGAAGCAAGCUGGCAACUGGCCUUAAUCAUCCUUGUCAUGCUACCUCUUCUAGGACUUAAUGGAUAUGUUCAGAUGAAAUUCAUUGAAGGUUUCAGUGCAGACACUAAAAAAAUGUACGAGGAAGCAAGUCAAAUUGCAAAUGAUGCAGUAAGGAGUAUUAGAACCGUUGCUUCUUUUUGUGCUGAAGAGAAGGUGAUGGAACUUUACAAAAAGAAAUGUGAAGGCCCUGUGAAGACAGGAAUAAGAGACGGGUUGAUAUGUGGAUUUGGAUUUGGACUAUCUUUCUUCUUGCUUUACUCUGUCUACGCUGCUAGUUUUUAUGCUGGAGCCCGACUUGUUGAGGUUGGCAACACAACAUUUGUUGAGGUUUUUCGAGCGUUCUGUGCUCUCAGUAUGGCAGCUGUUGGAGUUUCUCAAUCAAGCUCCUUCGCUCCUGAUGCCGGCAAAGCAAAAAGCGCUGCAGCUUCUGUGUUUGCAAUUCUUGAUCAGAAAUCAAAAGUAAAUUCCAACGAUGAUUCUGGUAUAGUAAUAGAAAAUCUUAAAGGAGAAAUCGAGUUUCGACAUGUGAGUUUUAAAUAUCCCAUAAGACCUGAUAUUCAAAUUUUCAAGGAUCUAUCCCUGGCUAUUCAUGCUGGCAAGACAGUUGCACUGGUCGGAGAAAGUGGCAGCGGGAAAUCAACAGUGAUCUCAUUGUUGCAGAGAUUUUAUGACCCAGAUUCAGGUCAAAUAACAGUAGAUGGAAUGGAAAUUCAAAAGCUGCAGGUGAGGUGGUUAAGACAGCAGAUGGGAAUGGUAGGGCAGGAGCCUGUGUUAUUCAAUGACAGUAUCAGAGCCAAUAUAACAUAUGGAAAGGAAGGGAAUGCAACAGAGACUGAAAUUUUAGCUGCAUCAGAGUUGGCGAAUGCCCACAAGUUCAUCAGUAGCUUACAACAGGGUUAUGAAACAAGAGUUGGAGAAAGAGGGGUCCAGUUGUCCGGCGGACAGAAGCAACGAGUGGCCAUUGCAAGAGCUAUAGUGAAGGCACCGAAAAUCCUACUUCUAGAUGAAGCGACCAGUGCUCUGGAUGCAGAAUCUGAACGACUAGUUCAAGAUGCGCUGGAUAGAGUUAUGGUGAAUAGAACGACGGUGGUGGUAGCCCAUCGAUUAUCUACAAUCAAGAAUGCUGAUAUGAUUGCUGUGGUAAAAAAUGGAGUGAUUGCAGAGAAAGGAACGCAUGAAACUUUGAUAAAUAAGGACGGUAUUUAUGCUUCCAUUGUGGCAUUACAAACAAGCGCUUCAUCCAAAAAUUCAAACAAUCCAGGCAAAGUUAAUAACGUUGGUACAUGAUCGCCAUCUGAAAAUCACUUUCAACAACUGCUCUUGUUUCUGAAAACAGGAUUGGCGAUUAUUAAAGAUCAGGAAUUCAAGCCUGAAGCCAGCAGGUUAAAUGUCUGUAACCCCAGACAACAACUAUAUUACAUAUAUGCAAACUGAGCCCUCCUUUCUUCAUUUAUUGAUGAUUGAGCUUAUAUGCGAUGCAAUGUCAUAUGUCCUAGGCAAAUGGAUUUCUCAAAUAAACCAUCUUGGCU